AUGACACUCUUGGAUCUGGUGCCUCACUUCCAAAGUUUCAGCCCAGGGGACUUUGCCCUGUGGUUCCAGACUUACCUUUCCUUCUUCCUUUCUGGGAUUGGUCCAAACACCCUGUCGAUCAUCCCCAUGAACAUCAGCUGUGACUCCUACAGAGAGAUAGUGAAAGGACUUGAUAAUGUGUACAGUGACCUCUCCGCAACACAGUCCGAUACUGUCUUCAAUUACACACAAGACUAUCUCAAGUACCAGUCCAGCCAAGGCCUGAGCUGCUACAGCAGAGGAAGCUUCUACAUGUUCCUGAAACAGAUGUUCCUCAAUUUUGGAUUCUCUGACCUGAAAGAUUUCCUGUCUCUGAUCCCAGCUGACCGACAGCCAGAGCUUUUGGGCUCCAUCUCUCCGGAAGAACUCGGAGAGUUUCUGAACAGGCCAAACACAGUGAUUGAUGGUUCUGAGCUCUGCACACUCCUCAACAACUACAAUAGAACCAAUCAAUACCUGGAGAUGGAGUCUGUUUUAUCCUCAGCUUUGGCCAGCCACACGUUGGAGUGUGUGUGGCCUCGUGCUCUCAAUGCCUCAUCUCAGGCUGAUGUAGAACAGUGGUUUAAGGUCACACUGGUUCACUACCUGCCCUACCUCAGUUCUCAGCUCAUCAGCUCUGCCCAGCUCAGUGGAGCCUCCUGUCUGUCAUACAGGAAACUGGUGUCUAUCCUGGGGGACAACUACAAUUUUUACACAACUGAUUUCACCCCAGCUGAUGUGUAUAGCUCCAUAAAAGUGUAUCUGAACAGCAGCGAUGGCAGCCCCCGCUGCUAUAACUCCUCAGAUCCUCUUCUGAACUCCACUGCCUGGUUUGCUGACAACAUCGGAUUCUUCAUCACUUUCAUUAACCUCGCUGACCUGCAGUCAUUCCUACCAGGAAACAUGACGAGUGUGUUCCUGCAGAAUGCAGAAAAUCUUCAGCUGUUCAACAACCCAGGAAUUUCAGCCAGUGUCCUGGAGUACUACACAACAGAGUUAUACAUCCAGAAUCCUGACUUCAGCCCACUCGGGUAACACUCCACACUAACAACUACUUAUUCUAUUUAUUCAUCCAGCCUCAUCAAUUCAACCCCCUUAGGUA